AUUUGGUUACUUAACAAGUCCUUUCCCCAUAAAGCAUAGACAUAUUUAUUUAAUGCAAUUUAUGAAAUCUUAAUUUGAAACCAACUUGACAAAUGAUUGAAAUUUCUCUGAAUCAACCAUUUUGGCCAGAUUUUAAGCAAAUAUAGCUAUAGAUGAUGUUGUGUAAUCGCCCAACUUGUGGUUCAUAUCAACAGAAGGUAUCUGUUAUCUCUAGGAAUGAGUUAUGGUACUACCCUGGCUAACGGUACUAUAAUUGAUGUUUUUGCAGGUGUUGAUUUAAGGUCACCAAGGUCUGUGAAUUAGGCCUUCUAAAUUACAAGAAUGUGUUCUAUCCAUUGGACAGGAAAAAAUAUCGAUGCCAUUACGACUAUUACUGGGCAUCUGUAUUUAAGGUGAUUCCUGCACUUCUUUAAACAUUGUACUGCAUAAUCCUUGAGUAUAAAAUUUAUAAUUAGGGUAAUGAUUCAAAAUAAGAAGAGAGUGGCCCGUUAUUGGGCCCAUCAGGUGGCCAAGGAUUUCUCUGGACGGAAGGUUCGGAGGCUAGGCGGUCGGUUGGUCAGCCGUCCGUUUUAAGGAGACAAGACAGUGAUGGAAGUUAGCCGACGGGGGUGGUCGGCUGAGCAGUUGAAUUCGAUAACUGACAGGAACGUUAAGGCACGUGUCAGUAGGGGAUUAAUACGUGGAGCGGUUGAUGGUAGUUGCAGUAACCGACCAGGUGACAUUUUGAGACGUUUCCUUAGGGAUUAUUUAAUGAUUAAGGGGAAUUUAGAAAAAAGGAUCUUCGAUCAGAAGUAAUUACAAUUUUCCUGUUGGAGGUCACCCUUUAUUUUCAUGCAUUUACUACUUUGUUCUACAUAAAUAAAAUUUUAUUUAUCCAAGUUCGAAUGUAUUUUCGGAUUUUACUUUAUAUUGUUGGAAAAACCAUUCAACAAAUUGGCGACCACAGUGGGAGAGCAAGAUAGCAAAUUCUACUUUCAAACCAUCGGUGUCGGAGUUUCUGCGGUGACAUCAAAUCCAACUACAGUUGUUCCAACCGCAGGAGGGACGUCUCAAGUACAGCCUGAAUGGUUGACUUAUGUUCAACAAAUGAACAAUCAACAGAUGACUACCAUACAAACAAUGUUGCAAGAUCAAUAGAAUUUAAUGCAGAACAUGCUGGAUCAGGUGUUGUUCAGAAUCACAUUGCAUUUAAGCACGCCCCUAACAUUGUCACUCUCUCGCUUUCAGGCAACUUUUCUGGGACCAACAUUUGCAGAGCCAUCAUACGUCGAUAGUACAAUUCCUAGUGCCACUGCUUCUAAUCGAGCAGAUAGGGGAAAUACCCCUCUAACUUUCCCAAAUAAUGUUCCUUUUGGGCCAAGAAUAGAUAAUACUCAGCCGAAUAUCACGAGGGAAGAUAGGCAAGGAGGACAUAUACAUGAUCCUAUUUAUAUUCCUGAUCAUCAACACCUUCGUCUGGAUCCUGAAGAAAUUGCGCAUGUCCUGAGAGUACAUUUCGGUAUGAAUCCCCACGUGGCUAAUCGCCUCGUUUAUCAAAGACCUUUUUCAGAAAUGAUCAUUAAUGAUUACCUUCUCCCAAGGAAUUAUCGACCAUCCGAUUUUUAUACUUUCUCAAGAGAAGAUGGAUCUUCCACCAUAGAACAUGUGGUUCGUUUCACGGCGCAGUUAGGAGUGAUUGGCUCCAGAAGAAUUAGCUGUGCAGUUUAUCGAAAGAGUGCAUUUGUUGAAAGGGCGAUGUCCCACAAUCAUUAAUGAGAAUGAGAUGACCAAUUUAGUGGUACGCAAUAUGCAUAUACGGUUAAGAGAGAGACACUUAUUGCACAUGACUAGAAGAUAUAGCAAGUCUAGCAUAUCUUCA